ACUGCGACUCCAAGCGCAAGAGAGAGAGAGAGAGAGAGAGGGAGUUAACCGAUGCCAAAGCGGAUUACAGCGUGUCGCCCUGUGAUUCUUUCUCCGUGUUCGUUUAAGGGUUUUUCCCCUUUGUGUCCUGCUCCUGGAGACGUUUCUUAACAGAGGAGGGAAGAAUGGCUUUGUUGUUCAGUGCUUGUUGGAUCGGCGCAUCUUUACAAUGAGUUCCUCUUCUGCUGCGCUUUCGUCACCGCUGCAACUUUUCCGAGCGCAACGGCGCCACUGAGACGCUUCUCUGCGGGAAAGUUUCACAUGAAGCCCGCAGGCAACAUGGGCUUACGGUGAAAGCUCUCACUUUCUUCCCUCUGCCUUCCGAACCGUGAGGCAAAAUGCAGAAGAGCGUUCGCUACAACGAAGGACACGCACUGUUUUUGUCGGCGGUGGCGCGUAAAGAGGGGACGAAGCGUGGCUAUCUGAGCAAGAAGACGGCCGAGAACAGCCGAUGGUCGGAGAAGUUCUUCGCUCUUUACCAGAAUGUGCUGUUCUACUUCGAGAACGAGCAGAGCGCGCGACCCGCUGGGAUUUACCUGUUGGAAGGAUGCACCUGCGAGCGCACGCCGGCGCCAAAGGUAUCCACGACCGGUAAGGAGGCGCUGGAGAAACAGUACUACUUCCUGAUUGUGUUUGGCCACGAUGGACAGAAACCUCUGGAGCUGCGGACAGAUGAAGAGAGCGUGUGUGAUGAAUGGGUUGAGGCCAUCCAGCAGGCAAGCUAUUCUGACAUCAUUAUUGAACGAGAAGUGCUGAUGCAGAAGUACAUCCACCUUGUACAAAUUGUGGAAACUGAGAAGGUGGCUGCCAAUCAGCUCCGCACACAGCUGGAGGACCAGGACACUGAAAUUGAAAGGCUUAAAUCCGAGAUUGUGGCUUUAAACAAAACUAAAGAGCGGAUGCGGCCUUAUCAUGUCUACCAUGAGAAUGAAGACCCUGAUAUCAAAAAGAUCAAAAAGGUUCAGAGUUUCAUGCGGGGCUGGCUGUGUCGCAGGAAGUGGAAAAUCAUUGUCCAGGACUACAUUUGCUCUCCUCAUGCUGAGAGCAUGAGGAAAAGGAACCAGAUUGUCUUCAACAUGGUGGAAGCAGAAACAGAGUAUGUCCACCAGCUCUAUAUCCUAGUCAACUGUUUCCUUAGACCUCUGAGAAUGGCUGCCAGCUCAAAGAAACCUCCCAUCAGCCAUGACGAUGUGAGCAGCAUCUUUCUCAACAGUGAAACCAUCAUGUUCCUACAUGAGAUUUUCCAUCAAGGCUUGAAGGCGAGGAUUGCCAACUGGCCAACACUGGUGCUGGCUGACCUGUUCGACAUCCUGCUGCCAAUGCUAAACAUCUAUCAGGAGUUUGUGCGUAAUCAUCAGUACAGCCUGCAGGUUUUGGCCAACUGUAAGCAGAACAGAGACUUUGACAAACUGCUAAAACAGUACGAGUCCAACGCUGCCUGUGAGGGAAGAAUGCUUGAGACCUUCCUCACAUACCCAAUGUUUCAGAUCCCUCGUUACAUCAUAACACUACAUGAACUCCUGGCCCACACACCUCAUGAGCAUGUGGAGCGCAAGAGUCUUGAAUUUGCCAAGUCCAAACUAGAGGAAUUGUCUAGAGUGAUGCACGAUGAGGUGAGUGACACAGAAAACAUUCGGAAGAAUCUGGCCAUUGAGAGAAUGAUUGUUGAGGGCUGCGAUAUCCUGCUGGACACCAGUCAGACCUUCGUUAGACAGGGCUCUCUGAUCCAGCUGCCAUCCGUGGAGCGAGGGAAGCUGAGCAAGGUCCGUCUGGGCUCUUUGUCCCUGAAGAAAGAGGGGGAACGGCAGUGUUUUCUCUUCACAAAACACUUCCUCGUCUGCACUCGCAGCUCUGGUGGAAAACUACACCUCCUGAAGCAAGGUGGAGUUUUAUCCCUCAUCGACUGCACACUCAUAGAGGAACCAGAUGCUAAUGAUGACGAACCUAAAACAGCUGGUCAGGUGUUUGGUCAACUGGACUUUAAGCUGGUAGUGGAGCCAUCAGACUCGCCUUCAUUUACUGUGGUGCUGCUGGCACCAUCGCGGCAGGAGAAGGCUGCAUGGACCAGUGAUAUUAGCCAGUGCAUUGAUAACAUCCGUUGUAAUGGCUUAAUGACCAGUGUGUUUGAGGAAAACUCAAAAGUCACUGUGCCUUAUAUGAUCAAAUCCGAUGUGCGCCUCCAUAAAGAUGAUGUUGACAUUUGCUUCAGCAAGACGCUCAACUCCUGCAAGGUCCCCCAGAUCCGUUACGCGAGUGUGGAGCGGCUGCUGGAGCGGCUGACCGACCUGCGCUUCCUCUCUAUAGACUUUCUGAACACCUUCCUGCACACGUACAGGAUCUUCACCACAGCGACCGUGGUUAUGGACAAACUGGCUGACAUCUACAAGAAGCCCUUUUCCUCCAUACCUAUCAGGGCGCAGCGCCACUCAUUUGACCGUCUAUCCAUCUCAUCUAUCUGUCCUGACUACAGUCUGAAGAUCAAGAAGAUAGCCAUGGAUCAGUCCAAGUCCUUGGAGUUAUUUUUUGCCACAAACCAAAACAACAGAAGUGGCGAGAACAUGAAUGACAGAUCUCCUCGUCUCUGCCGCAAAUUUUCGUCUCCUCCUCCGUUAUCCAUCCAGUCCCGCACCUCUUCCCCUGUCCGAGCCCGAAAGCUUUCCCUUCACUCUCCCAUCACUGCCAGGGUAGGAGGCCUUGACCUGACAUCUCUGUCCAACUCAAACUUCAACCACAACAGCUCCCAGUCUGCUGCCAGUAGCCCCACUUCUGCUCAGACCCCAACCCCAACAGCUACCUCUCCUCCUUCCUCUUCUAAGUCCCCUCCUCCCGACAACUGCAAGCCAUCACAGGAUCAAGCUCCUCUGACUUCCUCCUCGCCUGACCAGAGUCCUAUCCCAGCAGCUGACAGGGAGGAGGUUCCCAGAAUCGAUCCUUUCUGUGGAAAACUGAGGCGGAGCAUUCGGAGAACCGUAUUGGAAUCUGCUUCUUUGGAAAAAAUCAUCCCAGAGUCUCCACAGAGCAGUGAAGCGGGAGACAUGUCUCCAUGUCGCUCUCCGUCCACACCACGCCAUCUCCGCUAUAGACAGCCUGGGGUUCAGUCUGGGGAGAAUUCACGCUGCUCAGUCUCUCCUGCCUCAGCUUUUGCUAUUGCAACUGCAGCAGCUGGACAUGGUACCCCACCAGUGUUUACUAACUCUGAGAGGACCUGUGAUAAAGAGUUCAUCAUCCGCAGAGCUGCAACCAACAGAGUCCUCAAUGUGCUGCGUCACUGGGUCUCCAAACACUCACAGGACUUUGAGAUGAAUGGGGAGCUGAAAAUGUCAGUGAUUUAUCUCUUGGAGGAAGUGCUGAGAGAUCCUGACCUCCUGCCUCAGGAGAGAAAAGCUACUGCCAACAUAUUAAGUGCCCUUUCUCAAGAUGAGCUGGAGGAUGUCCAGUUGAGGAUAGAGGACAUUUUACAGAUGGCGGACUGUCCAAAGGCUGAGUGUUUCGAGUCUCUCUCAGCGAUGGAGCUGGCUGAGCAGAUCACUCUGCUGGAUCACAUCGUAUUCAGGAGCAUUCCCUAUGAAGAGUUCCUGGGCCAGGGCUGGAUGAAGAUCGAUAAGACUGAAAGGACUCCCUACAUCAUGAAAACAAGUCAACACUUUAAUGAUAUGAGUAAUCUGGUGGCAUCCCAGAUUAUGAGCCACACUGAUGUUGGUUCGAGAGCCAGCUCCAUUGAGAAGUGGGUUGCUGUGGCGGACAUCUGUCGCUGUCUCAACAACUACAACGGAGUUCUGGAGAUCACGUCUGCGCUCAAUCGCAGCGCCAUCUACCGUCUGAAGAAGACUUGGGCUAAAGUCAGCAAACAGACUAAAGCUCUAAUGGACAAACUGCAGAAGACCGUGUCCUCUGAGGGAAGAUUUAAAAACCUGAGGGAGACGCUGAAAAACUGCAACCCUCCAUGUGUGCCAUACCUGGGAAUGUAUCUGACAGACUUGGCCUUUAUUGAGGAAGGAACUCCAAAUUUUACCGAGGAGGGUCUUGUUAAUUUCUCCAAAAUGAGAAUGAUAUCGCACAUCAUCAGGGAGAUCCGACAGUUCCAGCAGACGCCUUACAGAAUAGAGCAUCAACCUAAGGUGACUCAAUACCUUAUGGAUAAGACUCUAACCAUGGACGAGGACAUGCUCUAUGAUCUCUCUCUGAAGAUUGAGCCCAGACUGCCUGCCUGAAUCAUCUCUGUUUGAAGCUUUUGAGAACCUACCUAACCUCCAAGGGUGAAACACCCAUCUGAUCCUAAUUCAUCAAGAGAGAACUGGAGAAUGUCUUUGGAGCAAUGAGGAAAUGGAACGGGAUAGGGCUUGUGGAAAUUGAGUUAUUUUGCAGAACACUGAGGUAGCAUGAGGAAAGGACAGAUAUCGGUAAAGUGUCUGAGUGAUUGCGUUCAACUGGACCAAGGUGAAUAUGUGUUGGAUGCACAGCAUGAAGGUUUCUUCAGUACAGAGGAUGGUGCACAUUACAUCACUCUUCAGAGAGGCUGAGAGUGCUGAGAACAGAGUGGACGAACAUAACAGAGAUGUAGCAUAAACGGGUGGAGAUGCAGAAAGAGGUCUGAGCUUGUGUCUCUGUGCCAUGUCUGUGUUCAGUUGCUUAUGCUUUUCCAUGCCAUGUCCUGAACAAAGAUCCCCCUUAAAAACAUGCUUUUUUAAUGGCCGUCACCACAUUAAACUUGCAUGAUCUCAUCUUAGGAUGUAUCUGUUUGAAUGGUCUUAAACCUGAGCUAUAAACUCAGCAUGCCACACUCCAACCAGAAGGAUUCUGUUUGGUGCUACGAUUCCUCAGUGAGAUGAGUAGAAUAAAAACGACUGCUCUUUUCAAAUUUAUUGUUAAUAAACCCAUUGAGAUUAAAUUUCAUAUUUCUUGCUGAAGAUUUUCACAUAUCCCCAACAAAACAAUUACGUUUAUAAUUAUAUUUUAUCUGUAUUUAGCUUCAGACUUCCGUAUCAAAAGAAAAGCUAUUUUUUUACUUCUUGCCCAGAUGAAUGAUACAAAAUUAAGAUAUUUCCCAGUGCCUUCCACUUGAUGUAGGUCAAUUUCUACAUACUUGACAAUUUAUCCUAUCAGAGCUUUACAUAAUCCUUCAAUGUAUUCUAAAAAUGAUCUAAAAUGCAUUUUAAUUUAAUAAAAAAAAAACUAUAUUUGUCAGAAAAGGGUCAUGUAUGCUGAAUGGUAUUGUAGCAUGUUGGUGUAAAAGUAGGCAAUGCAACAUCAAAAACAUAAGCAAACAUCGCCCUCUGCUGUUUAAAUGUGGUAACGAGCCCUUCAAACCUGAAGCAUUUGCAGCAUCUGUGUGCAGUUGUAAUGUUUUGGCUUUUGUAAACUGUCAGCCGUGUGAAUGUGUGUUUUCUGGCUGAGCGCAUGUUAGGCAGAGGCAGCUCUCUCUGAGAUGUAGCUUUGCUUGAGUGACGAUAGGAUCAUUGUUUACAGUUUAGUUAAUUUAGUACAUUAGACUAUAUUUUUUUGCCUAUAGUGACUCCCCCGAUGUACAACUGAUAAAGAAGUUAGUUUAGGUAUAUAUAUUGCAUCUCAUGAACAUACUAAAAAUGUGUAUUUUGUAGAUUGAAAAAAAAUGUAGCAUUUGAUUGAUCAGACUUUGUUUUUCAUAUUGAUGAUGUGAUAAAUAUUGUUGCAUGCACACAACAGCUGCAUGUUGUGCAUGUCUGACUGAAAUUCUCCUGUACCUUCAUCCGCUGCUUCUCUGUAUGAAAGCGAUCUGUGUAGCUGCUGAAAAAAAGUAAAAAAAAAACAAUAUUUUGUCCAAUUAAAUCUGGCAUGCUUGUCUCUUGUCAAGCCCAGUCUUAGGACUGUCAGUCACAAUCCAACCUGUUGUUACACAGUGAUGUGUUGGAGUUUUCCUCAUUUAAAAAUGUGUCCGUAGCUCUGAAUGUCUGUUUUACACAAAGGUUUAGAAAAUGAGAUUGCUGUGUUUGUGUUGUAAUUAUUUAUGUUUUGUUUUGUGUUACUUUAUCUGUUUACAUUUUUCACUUGUGGGUGCAGAGAAAAUAAAUACAACAUGCCUUA